CCUCCUACGGUGCAGCAGGAUUCUGACAGCCACAGAAAGACAGGCUGAAGCAAGCUGCAUCUACGAAAUGGACGCAUCGGAUCCAGCAAUGCACUUCUAUGCACUUGGAUGUAUAAGACUGAUUUUUGUCUGAUGUAGGCAAUGCCAAUGACGUUUAAUAUAUCAAUUCCAUUAUGUCCGCGUACGGGAAGGUGCUUUCGGUCCGGUGCAUGCUCAGCCAUCGUUUCUACUUCCAGCGACCUGUGAUGUUUCAGUUGAAGAGGCGCCAGCGUUCAUAAAAUAUAAAAACAACACAAAAUCGGGUCUCGGCAUGGAUAGUGGGAACUGGGCUGCAAUGGUCGGGGACGGCGCAGCCAACAUGACAGCUUCCCAUAUCUGGCUAAGUGUCCUCAACUCCUCCAGCCCGCCAACCCGCUGGGGAAGCCGUCCACCCCCAGAGGGCACCGCGCUGGACGACCGGGACCGACUUGUCCAGGAGCAAGCCUACCGCGACUUCACCACUGCUGUCCAGAUUCUCAUCCUCAUUGGUUCGGUACUCGGGAAUGCCACCGUAUUGUGGUGCACCUGCUCCACAAAUGUCUUCAAAUCCGUAACCAACCGCUUCAUCAAAAACCUGGCUUGCACCGGUAUCUGCGCAGGAUUGGCCUGUGUUCCCUUCGACGUGGCACUGGGCUCCAGCCCUCACUGCUGCUGGUGGCUUCACACACUGCUGCUCUGCAAGACUAUGAAGUUCCUCCACAAACUUUUCUGCUCAGUAAUUGUGCUCAAUUUCAGUGCCAUUGGACUAGACAGAUACUAUUCAGUUUUAUACCCGCUUGAGAAGAAGAUCUCAGAUGCGAGAUCCAGAGAUCUGGUCAUCUACAUUUGGGUCCAUGCAGUGGUGGUGAGUCUCCCUGUGUUUGCCGUUACCAACGUCACCGAUGUGUACGUGACGGCAUCCUGCUCAGAAGACCACGCCCGAUCCCUGGGACAUACUCUGUACGUGUUGAUCUACAACAUCACCACAGUCAUCUUCCCUCUGGCAUUGGUCUUCUUCUUCAUGCUGCUCAUCCGCAGAGCACUCAGUGCCAGCCAGAAGAAGAAGGUGAUCAUAGCGGCCUUGCGGACGCCGCAGAACAGCAUCUCCAUCCCGUAUGUAUCGCGACGUGAGGCGGAGCUGCAUGCCAGUCUCCUGGCUGUUGUGCUGGCAUUCUCCGCCUGCAGCACUCCUUAUGGUGCUCUGGUGGUUUAUCGCACACUUUUGGUGGACGCCAAACAGCUGCCUUCAUCACUGUACCUCACAGCCUUAUGGCUCCCUAAGGUUUCCUUGCUAACCAACCCGCUUUUGUUCUUGACUGUUAAUCGCUCAGUGCGCCACAGUUGCUUAGAACUGUUGUCCAGGAUACACAGACGCUACAGCCGACGAAACAUGGUCAGUACAGGGGCUCUGUCAUCUCUGGGUGGGGAGGCUGUGAUAGGAGAACCAAUGGGACUGGAGACAGUGGGUCACUCUGGAAGCCAACUUCUGGAAAUGUUCAACAUAGGCCAGCAGCAGAUAUUCCGAGUCUCGGAUGAGGAAGAAGAUAAUGUAGCAAAUAAGAUCCCUCCUCACGGAUUAGAGGUUCCAAAAGAAGACCACAACAACGGGUCACGGCUAACAGGGCUCAGGUCGCACGCCAUUACAAAAAAUGAUUUGUUGCAAAGACACUGCAGUGGACACACAAAGGAAGGCAUCCCUCCAAUGACAGCACCGCGCUCAUCUCCGGCCCACACGUGUGCUUACACUUCAUCGUCGCAGGUAGCGCCGGCUACUCUCCCAGAAACUGAAGAUCCCACCCAGUUUGGGUUUGGACCCUUUGAGCUGCCUCCUCAGUGGUUACCAGAGACACGGAACAGCAAGAAAAGGCUGCUUCCACCAUUGGGCAACACACCUGAGGAGCUGAUCCAAACCAAGUUACCCAAGCCACGGCCCGAACGGCGAAUAAGCAGGAACAACAAGGUCAGCACCAUCUCUGCUGUGGAUCCAUGAAGUACAGUAUUUCAAAAGAAUUAAGAAUAUUCAACUUGCGGGUGAAAUUUCAGAAUGAGCCUAAAAUGGGACAUAAUACAACAGAAGGGCAAAAAAGUCAAACACAGUGAUGACUUUUGCCAAUCAAUUCUGCAAAAAGUACUGAAACACUGCCAGUACAAGUUACAACACAUUUAGGUUUGGCCCGGAGAGUUCACCUGAAUGCUGACAAUUCAUAAAUUGGAUUCUCACUUAACCUGUGACUGGCCACACCAAACCUGUUUACAUUUUUUUCAUAAUAUGUUGGAAGUGGCACUGCUCAAACAAACAUUUUUUUUAUGCUGUGAAUAAUCAGCCGACUCAGCUAAAUCAAUCAACUUAAACAAGUUUAGAAAUAUUGUCACUGUGAUACAGGCGCUGUUGUUUGAAAUAUAUUUUGAUCGUAAAUAAUCCAGCAUUUUCUAAAACAUGCUCUUCUUACAAUGUGCAAUGACUGCACGUUUAUUAUUGCUGUUUGAUACUUCUUAUGUAGUAGAUGUUAGAACCAUUUGUAUUCAAAAUGUCUGUGGAUUUAAUGCUGAUGUACAUUAUGCAAACACAGAUUGAGAAAACAUGACGUCAACUGUUUUGUUUGGUUAUUUGUAAAGUCUGUGUAUUCAAAACAUUGCAAGUCAAAUCAUCCGGGUUGAUCCUGCAAGUCAACUGUAAUUGAUGUCAUUGAUUCUCUUCAAGCUUUCCCGCCAAAAAUCAAUGAAAACACGUAAACACAAGUCUAUUUCAAAACCACAUCAGUUUUUCAAUCUUUGUUACCAUCGACUGUGUCUCCUUGGUGAAGGAAUAAAGUGUGAGCGGCAUCCACUGCCUCAAACUAAACAUAGUAGCUGAUCUACACAGACCUGAGCAGCAAAUAUUUAUCAAGACGUAACCACCCCACCUCAAAGGGUUGACCACAACCCCUUGCUAUGUCUACAAAGAACCUGAAUCUGCAUGAUAUCCCACCCUUGCUCUGCACUCUUAUCGUAUCACACUGUUCAUUCACACACGCCUGAGUGAACAAUAGCCAUUGCUGCCAUUAACAAGGGGAAGAAUGGGAUGAGGAAUAGAUUUGCGUCAAGCUGGGUCAGGAGCAGUACCAUUCAGCCGCAAUCAUUGCAGCUCUAUUUGAGAUUUUUCAAAUUUCAAACUACCUCUAUUUUUCAAACUAUGUUUCACGAUUAAAAAAAUAGAAUACGGGAGCAUAUGAAAAGUGUAUAUAUGUUUGAAGCCUGUGAGUGCCAUUAGGUGGAAGGUUUUUACUCUUUGAUAGAGAAAAUGAUCAAUAGAUAGCAAAGUAGAGAACAAUAUAAUGCUGAGACAUAGUAGUAGGGUAAGCAAGAAUUAUCUAUUUUCGCCAACAUUUCACUGACAGUGAUAAGCUCAGCCAAUGAACAAUGAGUAGAUCAGGGAUGUCAAACAGAUUCCACAAAGGGCAGCAGUGGAUCCUGGUCUUUGUUCCAACCGAUCCAGGACACACAGUUCAACCAAUGAGGUUUCUGCUAAAACAAGGAGCAGUUGACCGCAAUCAGAGCUGUAUAAAGAGAGUCUCGACACUCUUUGUUCUCGCCGGCAGUGGUCACGUGGUUCAUGUGGGGCGUGAGUAGUUCCAAGCACAAGCAUCGUUGUAGUGGUUUGCAAUGGAACUGACAGCGCUAAUUGUGACAUUUAUGGAAAAAUAGAUAAAAUCACGUAUCUCAGUACUUGUUUGAUUGUGUCAUUGCAUUAUGACGUAUACAGUAUGUAAGUGCUAGUUUUACAUUUGGAGUGGUCAGGCAACAACUGAAAACUAUGUAAACUCUAACGCAGAAGGGAACUUUUCCAUGUUGUGGAGCGAACAUAUGUUUGUUAGCAUGAGCACCGGAAAUCGAUUUUUACAUUGAAAUGCAAGAUGAUUUAGGUUUUUCUUUUUUCACAACUAGAAUAUUGUUUUUCCAGAGAAUGUCUAGAUUUUCUUGAUUCACCUAGCUGUGGCAAUAUAUUAAAGAUAACGCCAUGUAUAACAUAUUUUGUUCCCAAGUUGUAAGUGGUAGUUCCACGUUUGUUUUGUCGCAUUGACAUAUAAAAACACUUGUUUGGGUUUUUGGUCAGGACUUUUAAAUUU